AAGGCGGGAUCCGAGAUACAAGUCCCCGCCCCUCCCCCGCCUUACUGUUUCCCUUUCCCUCAGAUUCCUUUCCCUUCCUUUUCUCCUGGGGCCAAGUUCCAGGCUUGUCAAACCCCACCCGGGUCCCUCACGGCUCAGGACCCCAACUCCCACUCCUUUUCCCUCCUCUGGUCGCUCUGGGGCCGCGGAAGGGGCCGCGAACCGUCCCGGUCCCUUCCGAGCCGCCGUAGCGCCCGCCGCGGGAGUUCGGCAGCUCCGGUCGCCAAGGCAACGCGCUCCGCUGCGCGCUGCGGGCGCCAAGCAGCCCAGCGGAGACGCUGCGGGCCGGCGGCGGCCGGGGCUCUGCGAGGCGGCGGGACUGCAGAAUUCCCACACUGAUUAGUCAACACUGGAAAAUCUGAAGAGAUGCAAGUAGGAAAAAGAAACUAAAACAGGCCUGAAGAGCAAUGCGACAGGCGUGAUGGAGGUCGAGUCCUCCUACUCGGACUUCAUCUCCUGUGACCGGACAGGCCGUCGGAACGCGGUCCCUGACAUCCAGGGGGACUCUGAGGCUGUGAGCGUGAGGAAGCUGGCUGGAGACAUGGGCGAGCUGACGCUUCAGGGGGGAGAAGGACAGACAGAGGCAGGCACCUCAGACAAGGAAGCUAGCAAGCAGCCCGAGAGCAGCGAUGGGACCACCUCGUCUUGAGUCUGACCUUGCCCAUGGAGAGUAGAAGAGAGACCUGCUGUCCCCACUUGGACAGGGAGCCCCGGCAUGGGCCUGGCAGCCUCUUCUCUGAGCCCCUGUACCAGGCAAGCCAGGCCAGAGUGAAAAGGCACCCCCGGAGGCCGCCGUGGCCCCUACCCUGGGAAAACCCUUCCCCCACGCCCUCGGGCUCCACUCACCCACCACCUCCUCACCAGGUCCAGGCACGCUCUCAAGACCCUGUAGCUGCGGGGCAUUAUUUAUUCAGCGGGCACCUGGGUGAGCAGCCCCCCAGGAACGCAUCUCCAUAGGUGGUCUGGGCAGCAACCAUGGCCCAGCUCUGCCCCGCCUCCUCCAAGCCCAACCUUCGGGGUCAAGACCUUCGUAGCCCUUUUUUAAAAAACACUUUUAAACUUUUUAAAAAACUUUAAACCUCUUUUCAGCAGAGAGGAAGGAAGCUGACUUUUUUUUUGAGGGGGGAGGCAUUCUAAGCUAAACGGACCAUCUGUGCAGCUCCGCGACCCCUCGCGGGGUUUCACGGACCCACUUCUAGGGAAGGGGUUUUGUGCUCAAAAACUGAUCAACUCUUUGCCCUUUCUACCAACAUAAGUGGCACCUAGGACCCAAGAAAUAAAUGCUGAUGAUUUGUGUGA